GGUUACCUGUUUGUGUUGAAUAAAAUAAUGAAAGUUUAGUUCUUUGCGAACCCAGCCGGAAGACAGCAUAGGUCUCCCUUCUUCCCGUUCAUUCCUUCAUUGUUCAAGUUUAAAAUCGGCGGCGGCCAAUGGUCGGCAUUUUCUCCCCGUCUUUCUCUGGCUCUUUCUGUCUCAGGGCUUAUUGUGAAAAUUCCUCCUGCUUCUGCAUUUCAGGGAGUAUAAGGAGCAGCUGACCCUACUCAGCAAACAUUGCUGCUUUCAUGCCAGUGGUGAAUUCUGGUACGAUUACUUUAGUAAGUAAUUCAUAUCGAAUUUGCAGAAAUGGCAGUGCGUUUGUGAAUUUUUCUUCGCUUGGUGCUCUCAGGACAAUGGAUUUGACGGAUGUUAGUGAAGCCCAUGAUUGUAAUUAUAUAGAAUUGCAGCAUAUAAUGAAUAAUUAUGCUACCUCAGGCUACUUUGAAAAAGCUGUGGAGACACUGUGUUGCAUGAGAAAUACAGCUGGGAAGCCUACUGUUUAUGACUAUAAUGGUUUGAUUUAUUGCUAUUUGAGAUCCCAUAAUGCAUCAACAGACAAGCUAGAGCAGUUAUAUCUAGGAAUGAGACGGUUUGGUCCUGUUCCAAAUGCAUUAACCUUUAACACACUUAUUAAUGGGCUGCUGGGUCUCAAUAAGCUGAAAACUGCCUUUUUGAUUGCAAAAGAGAUGCAUAGUAGCGGGUUUGUCCCAUCAUUCAGCUUAUUGUCUGGAAUGCUGAAAAAACUGAUAUACUCAGGGCAUUUUAUUGAUUCCCUCAACGUUUUUGACUUCAUGGUGCAGUUGAAGUACUAUCCUACUCAGCACACUGUGGAUUCUUUGAUUUCUAUGCUUGGCAAGGCUGGGAUGAUCCAAAAAGCAUAUUUUGUACUAUCUACCCUUCUGGAAGAGGGUUGCUUCUGUGGCACGCAUAAUUAUAAUAAAAUUCUGUGGGCUAUGUGCAAGUCUGGCCAGAGUUAUGCCGCUCUGCAACUUUUUCAUUUAAUGAAAAAGAAAGGUAUAGUCCCCACCGUCUGCUCUUAUACUGCUUUAGUAUAUGGAUUUUGUAAAGAAGGUUGGCAUGAAGAAGAUCUUCUACGCUGUCUAGAUGACAUGGAAGGUGAUGGUUGUAAUCCCAAUGUCAAAACAUACACUAUAAUCAUCAAAUUUCUAUGUGAUAAUGGGAAAAUUGAUCAGGCACUAGAAUACCUAGCCAAGAUGCAGAGUAGAGGAUGUGAACCAGACUUGACCACCUAUAAUGUAAUUCUCCGUGAACUUUGUCAUCAAGAUAGAGAGAAUGAUGUUGUGGGACUCCUUCAGGUGAUAAAUCAGAAAGGAUAUCUUCCUAGUCCACAUACAUGUGCUGCUUUGUCUGGAGGCCUGUUGAAAAUAGGCAAAUCAGGGUUGCUUUGGAGAUAUUACUAGAUGUGAUUUCAAAAGGCUAUGCUCUGGAUACUGCAGUUUUAAACAUAUUAUUCCACUGUCUAUGUCUCGAGGGAAGAUUGCAAGAAAUGAUAUCUUUGUUGAAAACGAUGAUGGAAAGUGGAUUUUCUCCAAAUAAUGUUUCAUAUAACACAAUUUUGAAGGGAUUCGCUCAAGAGAAUCUUGAGGAAGCUUUUAAACUCCUAGAUUGUUUUGAGUGGGUAACUAAUAAGCCAGAUUCAGUUUCCUUCAAUACAAUUUUGUGUGCUGCAUGUAAACAAGAAAACUCUUCAGUUAUUGAGAGAGUCUUGUCUCGCAUGGAGUGUGAAGGCAUUAAGCCAGACACUAUUGGUACAACUUGUUUAAUUCAGUAUUUCUGCAAAGUGGGGAGAUUCUCUGCAUGUCUGGAGCUUCUAGAAAUGAUGGUGCGUGAUGGUUGUUAUCCAACAAUUACUUUUAACGUGGUUCUGGACCAACUUUGCAAAAACGGGUUACUUAAGACUGCAUGCGACUUUUUCAGAUAUAUUCAUAACUCUUGUUUUCCGCCUGAUAUUAUUUCAUAUAACAUUCUUAUAGAUGCUUCAAUCAGAAAACACAAUAAGAUGCUUUUAAGCCAAUUAUUCAAAGGCAUGUAUAGGCAGCACCUGAAACCAGAUCGAUAUACUUAUGGAUCCAUGAUAAGUGGUUUCUGUAGGGAAGGAAAAAUAUCAGUUGCUCUGCAUAUAAGAAAGCGAAUGCUUGAGAAUGGGAUUAUUCCAGGCAUUGCAAUAUACAAUGCCAUACUAAAAGCAAUGUUCCAAAGAGGCAAGUUUUGGGAUAUUAUUGGGUUAUUAAAAAAUAUGGCCAUGGAAGGGUGUCAACCUGACUAUAUUACAUGUGAGAUUCUCAAACGAGCUACAUCAAAGGGCUGGUUGAAGAGAUAUCCUAAGCUUGCAAGAAUUCUGGAGCUCGUGAUAUGUGAUAAAUAAGAAAUAAAAUCACCAAUGACUGACAUUGGAGUUUUGCCACAUGUUAGCAAACUCUUGGUUUGGCAGGCUCAAAUUGGACACCUUCUGAUCUUGAUGACCAUAAUUUUGUGUGCCCUUCAGAACUUUCAGAGUUUUAGUCAGGUCAUUCAUGCAGCAGAGGCUGUUACGGGUCUGUUUACCUCUCCUGAUGCAAACACGCCAUUAUCUUUCAUGGUGAUGUUGAAUAUCUUUUCCCAGGAAGAGGAAUGAAGUGGCUUUGACUGACUGGGGGUUUCGAUAUUUAUAUACAAAACCUUUUAUUCCAACAAUGCUUCUUACACCACAAGAUUGAUUUCGCCGCAUGAAGGUUGAAGAGUUUUAGAUAUAUUGCUGGAUAAAAAUGUAAUGGGGAUGAAGUGUCUUGCACUCUAGCUGAAAGCUGUAGCUGUCACAAAUCGUGAUUGCCAAUGGAGUGAGUCAGCAGAAGUUGUUAAUAUGAUCAACGGAGUAAACUCUGCUAAAUAUAUGGAUGCUAACUUGGUGGAAAGAUAUCGGAUGUUUUCUUCUUUGGAUAGGAUGUUAUUUUGAAUCAUGUACAUAGGCGCAUAGGGAGAGGUAUGUUACCCUCAAUGGGGUAGUUACCCCCAACCGAAAUCCUGAAAAUAGUCGUACGUGAUAUUUUAUUCUUAGAAUCAUAGUUUUGAUUGAAAACCAGAUUGGAUUGGCUGAACUGGAAAUUGGUUCAGUGUCUGGUCUGGAGAUGGUAGAAAAUCAAAGGGCUUGAGAACCAGUCAAGAAUUGGCCAAACUGGUCUUGAACCGCUGGUUGAACUGAUCACUUUUUAUUUUUAUUUUUUCAAAUUUCAGUC